UCCAAUGUGUGUGCGUGCGUUUACACGGACAGGAAUAAUGCGCCAGAGGAAGUGCGCCCGAUGUCCGUCUGCGCGUCCCGACUUCCUGCUCUGUGGUAGCAGAGAAAAAAAAAGCUGCGGAUCCACUUUCAGACAGCAGCAUGGAGCCACAACACAAGACACUUUAGGACUGUACACGCACACGAACGGACGGAGGAGGAGCGCCGCGCCGUAAGCAGGAUCACCAGUACCGACAUGGAGAGCUCCAGCACGCUCUGGCAGUUCCUCCUGCAGCUGCUGCUCGACCAAAGCCACAGACAUCUCAUCUGCUGGACGUCCAACGAUGGCGAGUUUAAGCUGCUCAAGUCAGAAGAGGUGGCCAAGCUGUGGGGACUAAGAAAGAACAAGACCAACAUGAACUAUGACAAGCUGAGCCGAGCUCUGCGUUACUACUACGAUAAGAACAUCAUCAAAAAAGUGAUAGGCCAGAAGUUUGUCUACAAGUUUGUGUCGUUCCCGGAUAUUCUGAAGAUGGACCCUGCUCCCGUGGAGUCUGGGCGGAGCGGUGAUGAUUGUGUGUCAUCUGAGGCGGAGCCUGAGGAAGGGAGACGACAGUACCUCUGUACCAGCUCAAUCAAGACAGAGGCUAGACAUGAUUGCCAUGACGACAGCUCCACGGUCAUCCGGUUCGUCACCAACCGCCACCCUUCCUCCCUCUCUUCCACACCUCCGACAACCUUGACGGAAACCUACCAUUCUUCCAGGCUGUCUCCUCGCCAGGCAUCCUCCAUGCCAAAAAGCCCCAUCCAUAAAGAGACUGACCAGUCCCAUCAGGAUGCUCUACCUUUGAACCUGUCAUCUGGUCAGAGGGAACGAGAGAGGUCACAGAGCAUUAACAGCAAAAGUUCCAAAUUCAGGAAACGCACAGACCUGGAAAUCUCCUCUCCCUCCUUCGGCCUGACAGGAAGUGAUCUUGUAUCCAUCGCACUCAAAAGCCCAGCACUUCCCUCUGGGUCCUUGACUCCUGCCUUCCUCAGUGCACAGACUCCAUCUGCUCUACUGCUCAGUCCUUCUUUGCUCUCCAACAUCCACCACUUCUGGUCCAGCUUGAGUCAGGGGGGACCUACAAGUCCAGCCCACCUACAUAGCCACGCCCCCCUCUUUCAGUUUCCCACCCUGUUAAAUGGACCAAUUCCUUUGCCCAAUGUGGAUGCUCCUUUGCUGCUCUCCUCUUCCUCACACAAGUCCUGCUGAAGGCGAACUGGGGCAAAAUCGUUGUUUUUUUCUUCUUCUGUUUUAAAGCCUACAUCAGCUUAAUGUGCCUAAAGAAAAUGGAAAUGUAAGCCGGCACGCUUCAGAUAAUACAUUAUCAUCAUUUAAAUAAUUUAUAUGCUUAAAAUGGGAACAAAAUUGAACUAUUUGACGCAACUGCGUUUAUAAACCAGUUAAGUGACCUGGAAAAACUGAUGACUGUACAAGAUUUAAGGUUUCUAUCACAUUUCUCAUGCUUUAUAUCUGCAGUGCCUUCUAUGCUAUAAGUAAAUAUUUUAGAAUGUCAUCAUGAUACAGAAUUUUAAAUGCUUAUUUUUUAUACAGGAAUGGUUUUCUAAAUUGUUUGUGUGUGCAGAAUUCAAGCAGCAGUAAAACAUCUGCAAUUUAAAUUGGUGUCGCAAUUUGAUUUUGUUGACCCCUAGUGGCCACUGACAACAUCUACACCAGGGGUCACCAACGUGGUGCCCCCCACGACCACAUGAGGUGCCCGCAGGCCUGCUUUUCAUUCAGGUUUUCAGUUAAUAAUGUGAGACACUAGAAAGAAAAGUAUUCUGAAACAUAAAAUGUGAGUUGUGGAUACCAGCAUUUUGUGACUGUUUUGGUAAAACAAGCAUAUUUGAUCUGUUUGGGUUGAAAUAAGGUAUGAAAAUCAUUUCUACAAAAAUGAGUAGCUCCUGGCCAUUUUCAUUUUCUAAAAGUAGCUCUCGCAAGAAAAAACGUUGGUGACCCCUGAUCUACACUGACAGCAUGUAAUGUUCAUAUUUGACUGUCGUUGAAUUGGCGGUUGUGGCUUGAAUGACGCCCCGAGCGGACCGAAGCUGUGCCGCCCACAAACACACCCACCCACCACCCACUACUUGUUUUUCUGUACAAAGACAAUUGUUAAAAAAAUGUAUUAAAUUAUAAUAUCGACUCACAAUACCCUCCUUUUU